AUGGGUUGUAGUUGCGCCAUCGGAACAACUCACGGUCUACCAUGUCGCCAUGAACUUCAUGAGUAUGUUGUUGUGAACAAAUGUCCUAUCCCACUUGAGUUAAUAGGCUCGUAUUGGAAACACAUGAGCAUGGAGCCCGUUGCGACCACAGACCAAGUCAUCCUACCAACCAUCGACGAAGAAUUAUCGGAAUACCAGAAGCUCUUUGAAUGUGCCGAUCUCGAUGCAAAAACUCGAUUGCGCAACCAUUUGAGACAUUUUACCCACCCAGAGAAGACUAACCUUACGGAGCCAAGGAAAAAGUUGUUAGCAAAGCUUAUACCUGUACUGAUGAGAUUACGAGGGCACUCGAAUGAUUCUUUUAACACUAUACCAACUCAAGAGUCAGGAAAAAGCACUAUACCGACGCAAGAGUCGUUCAAACCAUUAUUUGAAGAUGCAGAUGUGGGAUUGCCACCAGGUUUGAUCGGCAAGAAUAAGUACAUUGACACGAUCCAUCCACGAUUUCGUAUGCACGUUCGAGAAAUCAUCAAUGUCGGUUCAGAUGGACACUGUGGAUUUCGGGCAGUUGCCUCUAUGAUGGGAUUUGGAGAACAUGAAUGGGGUCGAGUGCGAGAUGACAUGCUACGGGAGUUGACUUCUAAUUUUUCCACUUACACGACCAUGCACCGUGGCGAAGAAACCGUUAGAAGCAUGCAAGCUAUUGUGAGUAACUGGGAUGUUCCUGCAACUCGUGAUCAUUGGAUGUCUUUUCCAAAUAUGGGUCAUGUAAUUGCUUCAACAUACAAUAUUGUGCUUGUCUACUUAUCCAAGUAUCAGUGUCUCACGUUCCUUCCUCUAUCGAGCGAUCCAAAGCUUUUCAGCGAGAGACAAGAGCACGGAAUGGCAUUCGUCGACAACUGUCACUUCGUGCAUGUUGUCUUGAACAAGAAUUGUCCAAUACCUCCUAUCGCCGGUUAUUGGUACCGAUGUCAUGAUCCUAAAGCUGAUGGUUGGAAGCCUGCAGAAAUGGAUGGUCGGAUUACAACAUUUCGAGAACUAAUAGGUCAAAAUGUUGCCACGCGAGAGAGUUUCGAGAUUAUUACUAUAUCAGACAAUGGUGAUAGUUCUCCGAACAAAACUUUGUAA